AUGGCUGUUUCAUUACCAAUGGAGUCUAACCCUGACGUUAUGAACAAAUACCUUGCUCGAUUAGGAGUAUCUGAAAAGUGGCGGAUGGUUGAUGUCAUCGGCUUAGAAAGCGAAGCUCUCGCGUGGGUUCCUCGUCCUGUCCUCGCAGUUGUUCUACUUUUUCCACUUUCUGACACAUACGAACAACAUCGACGCGAGCAGGAAAAUGACCUGAAGACGAAGGGACUUCAAACUCCCAAAGACGUAUUUCACAUGAGGCAAGUUCUAAGCAAUAUAUGCGGAACUAUAGCUUUAGUCCAUAGCGUCGCGAACAACGCCUCGGAAAUCGAGAUAAAUGAUGGUCUACUGAAAAACUUUCUAAAGGAUGCUGAAGGUUUAGACGCUGCAGCUAAAGGUGCAUUAUUAGAGAACUCCAUAGCUAUCCUAGAAGCGUACAAAGAUGUAGUUCACCACGAUCCAGUGGAGGUUCAAGACACAAAUGAAACUCCAAACAAUCACUUCGUCACAUUUAUUCAUAAGGAUGGGCAUUUGCUCGAGCUGGACGGACGCAAAAUACUCCCUGUAGACCAUGGCCAAACUACGCCUGAGAAGCUUCUGGAAGACGCGGCUAAAGUGUGUCGUCAAUUUAUAGAACGUGAACCAGACAACAUCGGAUUCAACGUGGUCGCCCUAGUUCCUUCUGAAUAA